AUGUCCCACACCCACGUCCACGAGCUCAACCCCGAAGCAACCCCCUUCCUCCCCUCCAUAACCUCCCUCCCCACCCUCCCCGAUGCCGCCCUGAUCUCGACUCUCGACCUCCUCUUCGAACCCUCUCCCGAACUACACGCCCUGGCCCUUCCCACCCUCCGCACCAUCUCCUUCUCCUCCUACCCGGACCUGAUCUCCACCCUUCGCGACGAGCUCCUCGCCAUCGCCAACGCCGUCGCCGUCUCCGCCGCCGACCCGUCCGUCCCCCAACCCGAAAAGGAAAACAUCAAGAGGCCACUGCACGCCAUACUAGGUAGUCAUCCGCGACUGGGCGAGCCGAAGAAGGAGACGUUGAGCGCGCAGAGUAAGAAGGAGCAGGCGCAUUUGAAUGCUGCGGGUGACAGCGAGGAGGUGAAGGAGCAGUUGAGAGGGCUCAAUAAGGAGUAUGAGGAGAGGUUCCCGGGGUUGAGGUAUGUGGUUUGGGUUAAUGGACGGCCGAGAAGCGAGAUUAUGGCGGAUAUGAGGAGAAGGAUUGAGAGGGGGGAUUUGAGAGCGGAGGAGAGGGAGGGGAUUAAGGCAAUGUGUGACAUCGCGGCCGACCGAGCGGCCAAGCUCCUCAAGUCUGCACAGGAGGCCGUCGAACAUAGCAGCGCUUAG